UUACCCUAUCAAUAUCAUUCCACCUCCACACACAGAUAUCUUAAAUAAGGAGGUCUAUCCGGAAAUGAAGCUCUUAUUGCGGAUCCGUGUAAGACCUUUGCCUGUGUGGCCUAACGGGCAUACUAUGUUGCCAAACAAAUUGUUCCCGAGGAGGAGGAGCUCAAAUGCUACACAAAGGAGGAAUCGGAAAGAAAAGAUCAAUAAGGGGAAAUUGAAGGCACGUAUAAAACGUUUGAGAGCUGAAAUGGUAGAGAUUGAUGAAGAACAAAAGAAAAUCAAAGAGGGAAAAAGACAAGUCAGAAACAAAUAUCGAGAGCUAAAGGCAGAACAAGAGCAACUCAAGAUGGAGACCAACCUCAUCUCACAGCAGAGCCUCAGUAUCCAACAACGUCUCAUUCUACUCUUCAAAAUCUUCAAACCAAAAGUUGACAACGAUUUUGCAAAAGCAACUCCACUAUCUCAGUCUCUCCGUGAUUGAAUAGCAAAUCAAAACGUGGCAAAGUGAGGUGUGUGUGAGUACUACUGGCUCUUGCAGAUGGUAUUGAACGCGUACGUAAGGAUGGAGAAAAGCUUUUCUUCUUUUGUUCAUCCUAUGAAUUUCCUAAGCUUGGAAGCUAGGGAUUAAUAAUAAGUCAUAUAAUGAUCCGUAUUUGUUUAUAGAGUCUAGAUAUUUUGGAAUUGGUGUUUGAUUAUUGUGGGUACAAAGUUGUAAUUCGAAUGAGUGAUGAUUUUCACAUCCAUAUGUUUCUUUGUGUUUAAAGCAAGUCAUAUAUAUAGUGUUAAAACUUGGAGAUAGCCUAUAAAAUCUUUUGUGUUUUCUUGCAA